AUGUCAGAAGAGGAAGCUGACAAAUUUUUUCGCUUUGCUUUGUUUAAUCUGCUGAUCCUCAUUACAGGGAAGCUUGCCGUUGGAGACUCAUUAGAGACAGACAGGCAGGUAUUGCUUCAACUGAGGUCACUUCUGUUGAAACAAAAUCCAGUUAAUCGAGGAAGAUACACAAAAUGGAAUCCACGGGAUGACUCGCCCUGUGACUGGCCAGGGAUUAUGUGCGAUAACCUCGUGAAUCGUGUCACCAGGGUCGACCUUUCAGGCUGCAACAUGUCGGGCAACAUAUCGAGUAACUUUUCUGCCUUGACACAACUUUCUUACCUAGACCUGUCGCAAAAUACUAUUGGACGGAUCAUACCAGAAGAUUUAGGCCGCUGUGUGAACCUUAAAUUCUUGAAUUUGUCACAUAAUAUUAUCACUGGAGAGUUCAACUUGACAGGCCUCAGCAGCCUGGAGAUUCUUGAUCUAUCCCUUAAUAGAAUUAUUGGUCAUAUUGAACUAGCAAUUCCUCAGAAUUGUCAAAAUUUGAAAGUGGUGAAUAUUUCUUCAAACAAUUUAACUGGUGAAGUUGGAAGCAUCUUCGAAAAGUGCUGGAAUCUGAAGUAUCUAGAUCUCAGCACAAAUAAUUUGGCUGGAGAUAUAUGGCGUGGUUCUGAUAGGCUCGAGGAAUUUUCAGUGGCGCAUAACAAUUUCUCUGGCAAAGUUCCCUCGGGAAUUUUCACUCGGAAUUGUAGUUUACGGAGCUUUGAUUUAUCAGAAAAUCAUUUCUUUGGAGAAUUUCCUGCAGAAAUUUCCAGCUGCAAUGAUUUGGAAGUUUUAACAUUACGGGAGAACAAUUUUACAGGGCUAAUUCCUAAAGAGAUUGGAUCACUAUCUAGUCUGGUGGCACUUUACUUGGGGAAUAACAAUUUUACCAGGGAAAUUCCAGAGUCUUUUACAAAUCUUAGCAACUUGGUUUUUCUUGAUUUAAGCAGAAACAACUUUGGAGGAGAUAUACAAGAUAUUUUUGGGCGAUUGGUGCAGGUGAAAUUUCUCUUGUUGCAUAUGAAUUCAUACACUGGAGGGCUAUAUACUUCAAGAAUUCUCCAACUGCCUAACAUUACUCGGUUGGACUUGAGUUUCAACAAUUUCUCUGGUCCAUUGCCUGUUGAAAUUUCCAGGAUGACAAGUGAAAUCCCUGCAGAACUGGGAAAUUGCAGCAGCCUUUUGUGGUUGAACCUUGCAAACAAUCAACUUUCAGGGAAAAUUCCACCUGAAUUAACAAACAUUGGCAAGAAUGUGACUCCUACUUUUCUUAAAAACAGACAAAAUGAUCGGAUCACGGCUGGCUCCGGGGAAUGUUUGACAAUGAUGAGGUGGAUACCGGCAGAUUAUCCCCCGUUUAGCUUUGUAUAUAAACUCCUUACAAAGAAAAAAUGCCGAAGCCUUUGGGACCAGAUUCUUAAAGGAUAUGGUCUAUUUUCAGUGUGCUUACCAGGAUCAAAUAUACGGACUCUUCAGAUAUCCGGCUAUGUCCAACUUAGCGGUAAUCAGUUAUCUGGUGAGGUCCCUCUCGAGAUUGGAAACAUGCUGAAUUUCAGUAUGGUGAAUUUGGCAUGCAAUCAAUUAUAUGGUAAAUUCCCUCCCGAGAUAGGACGAUUGCCACUAAUAGUCCUUAAUGUUUCGCAGAACAAUUUUUCUGGCGAAAUUCCAUGGCAAAUUGGCAACCUAAAGUGUUUACAGAACUUGGAUUUGUCAUAUAACAAUUUCUCAGGUUCAUUUCCUAUUAGCUUGAAUAACUUGAAUGAUUUGAGCAAGUUUAAUGUCUCCUACAACCGGUAUGUUUCUGGCGCAAUACCAACAACUGGACAGUUGUCAACGUUUGAGAAAUGGUCGUUCCUUGGGGAUCCACUUUUACGUCUUCCUUCUUUCAUUAAUAACACAACUAACGACAAUUCAGGAAACAAGAAUGGAAAGGCUAAAAGGACUACAAAACUAGGUGCUACUCUAGUGGUUCUCGUUUUGAUACUCGCUUUUUUAGUAUGUGGGCUUAUGUCUCUUAUAGUCUGCAUAUUGGUGAAAAGUCCAAUAGACACACCGGGAUAUCUACUGAAGGACUUGAAGGCUCAGCUAGAAUUUGCAUUGAGCUCGGGUGCAUCUUCACCCUGGUUAUCAGGCACUGUUAAAGUUAUCCGAUUGGACAGAACAACCUUCACACAUGAUGACAUUUUGAAGGCUACUUGGAGCUUUUCGGAGGACAGAAUUAUUGGCAGAGGAGGAUCGGGAACAGUUUAUCGAGGAGUCUUGCCUGAUGGCAGGCAAGUGGCAGUGAAGAAACUACAAAGAGAGGGACUUGAAGGGGAAAGAGAAUUCCGGGCUGAAAUGGAGGUAUUAAGUGGGAAUGGAUUAGGUUGGCCUCAUCCGAACCUUGUGAAACUCUAUGGAUGGUGCCUUGAUGGAUCAGAAAAACUUUUGGUUUAUGAGUAUAUGGAAGGUGGGAGUUUAGAGGAUCUUAUUACUGACAGAAUACACCUCAAUUGGAGAAGGCGUAUCGAUGUGGCAGUAGAUGUAGCACGUGCCCUAGUCUACCUACACCAUGAAUGCUUCCCGAGUAUAGUCCAUAGGGACGUCAAGGCUAGCAAUGUACUUCUCGACAAGACAGGAAAAGCCUGUGUUACGGAUUUUGGACUUGCACGGGUGGUGGAUGCUGGAGGCAGUCAUGUCAGUACAAUGGUUGCUGGAACAAUUGGUUACGUUGCACCAGAAUACGGUCAGACAUGGCAAGCCACAACAAAAGGGGACGUUUACAGCUAUGGGGUGUUAACAAUGGAACUUGCAACCGGGAGACGGGCUGUGGAUGGUGGUGAGGAAUGUUUAGUCGAAUGGGGGAAAAGGGUUAUGGGAGAUGGACGACAAGGUUUUGCUAGCAAUGUAAUCCCCGGAGCUCUACUGGUAUCUGGCCUAGCAGAGGGCGCAAAGUAUAUGUGUGAAUUACUUCGUAUUGGAAUAUUGUGCACGGCAGAGAGCCCUCAUUCUAGGCCUAAUAUGAAAGAGGUUUUAGCCGUGUUAAUAAGGAUUUCAGGCAGCCAAAUGGAUUGUUCUUCAGAAAAGUGUCAAUAA